AUGGAAAAGCUUGGAGUACCAGCAAAAAUCACAAGAAUGAUAAGAGCAUGUGUUCAAAACUCUAAAUGUAUGGUCAAAUUUAACGGCCAACUGUCGAAGGCAUUCAUGAUCAACACAGGACUGAAACAGGGAGAUGCACUAUCACCAAUGUUCUUCAACAUCGCUUUGGAGGAGGUGGUUAGAAAUGCAUUAAACACCGGUAUAGGAGUCAAACUGCAAGAGUCUAAGACUAUCAAACUAAUAGCAUACGCCGAUGAUAUAGUAUUACACUCCGAAUCUGAGAGCGACCUUCAGAGUAUGGCAGAAUCUCUCAUGGAUGAAAGCAAAAAAAUGGGCUUAACUAUAAAUGAAGAAAAAACAAAGUACAUGGUACUGUCACGGAAAAAUAAUAGACAUAAUAACUUGAUAGUAAGAAAUAUGGAGUUUGAGCUGGUCGGAAAUUUCAAGUAUCUAGGGGUGGAACUGAGCGUGUCGGGCAAUAACCACAAGGAAAUUCAAAACAGAAUAAACUCAGCUAACAAGUGUUUCUUUGGAUUAAAGACAAUAUUAAAAUCUAAACUAGUUUCAAUCAAAUCUAAACUAACACUAUACAAAGUAAUCAUACGCCCGAUAGCGUUAUAUGCGUGUGAAACCUGGACCACGACCAAAACAGACGAGCAAAACCUAGCAAGAUUUGAAAGAAAGGUGUUACAGCAAAUUUUUGGCCCCAGAAGAAACCAAAACACGGGAGACUAUGAGCAAAGGAAGAAUGAAGAGGUUAUAAACAUAUUAGAGGAUUCGGACAUAAUAGCUACCAUGAAAUGCAAAAGGAUAAGCUGGGCAGGGCAUAUAUGGCGAGGCCGAGAGCAGACAAUUGGCCAAGUCAUCUACUGGAAGCCGAAGAGCAAAAGACAACUCGGCCGCCCAAGACAAAGAUGGGUAGAUAGGGUCCAUAAAGACUUGGGUAUGCUGGGAAUUUUGAACGGCGAAGAGCAAGCCACAGAUAGAGAUAGAUGGAGGGAAGUAGUGGUUGCGGCGAAGGACCUGAAGGGUCUAUUUUAA